AUGGACUUAAAUACAAUUAAAAAACAAGUACAAGCAAUGUUGCAGUCUGUUCUCUCUUUAGACUCAACAGGUCGAACAGAAGUAAUGGGAUAUUUAAAAGAAUGUGCUUUAAAUUAUGGUUUAGUCAUUCCCAAUGAAAAAGAAGGAAUUAACUGUAAUAAUAUUACAAAGUCAUACAGUUCAGACGAUAAUGUUUCUACGAUUUGUCAAAUCGAAAACACUCCUACAAUCGAAGACAAAAACUGUGAUUCUAAUAGUGAUGAAUGUAAUUUGGUGGAUAAUGACAUGUGUUCAAAUUUGAAUGAAAGUGAAAUUCUACAUGAUAAUGUAAAUUUUAAUAAUUUUACUCAAUUACUUAAAGAUGUUGAUAAUGAUAUUACGAGUAGUUCUCUCAUUGAAAAGACAAACGUAAAAGAGUGCCUUAAUGAAAAUGAAAAUGUAGAAAAACACCAAAAUUCGAAUAAUCAAACAUUAAUUUCUGACAAAAUGGAUUCAACUAAAUCAAUAAAUUAUAAAAAUUUAUUAAAUGAUAAAAAAGAAAAUAAAUUAUUAAAAAAGAAGCCUGCUAGGAAAAAAAGACAUGUCGAUACUGAUUAUGUAGAAAAUGAAAAUAGUAUAUUUAAAUGUCCUGGAUGUAUGACUACAUGCGAGACUAAAUCGGCUUUGUUGCAGCAUUUUACAACUCAUGGCAAAUCUCCCUUAUCGUGUAAAUUAUGUAGAUCAACAUUUAACAGUAUUUUAUUAUUUUGGAAGCAUCAGAAAAAAAAAGAAUGCAAAUUAUCAUUGUUAAAAUGUUCCGAAUGUGAUGAAAAAUUUAAGUAUCGAAGACAUUAUUUAAAACACAUAUUGGGUCAUAAUGAUAAUAAUUGUAGGUACUGCGAAGAAAAAUUUAGCACGUGGGCACUUUAUAAAAAUCAUUUAAAAGAAAAACAUCCGGAUAUUAAAAUGGAAAGGGAUUUAAUACCUUGCAGAUUUUGUGCCAUGAGUUUUCGACGUCAUUUAGGUUUAUACAAUCAUUAUCAAGUAGAACAUUCCAAAGGGAAAUUUGUUUGUUUGUCCUGCGGUUUGUUACUGCCUACAAAAGAAAAAUUUAAAGAGCAUUCGCUUGUUCACGAAUCCGAAAAAAUUUGGAAAUGUAAAAUAUGUAAAAUGAAGUUUUACAGGAGGCAACAAUUAUUGUUUCACGUUUCGGUUCACAAAUCGGGUACUUAUAAAUGCUUGACUUGCGACAUAACGGUAACUUCAAAAGUUGAUUUGUACAAGCACAAAAAAGAUGGUCACGAAGUUAAAGGUCCAGAACCGAAAUUCGAAUGCGAAAUAUGUCAUAAAGUAUUUAAAAAAAAUGUCGUUUUAAAAAAUCACAUGGCGACUCAUUCAUUGGAAAAAAAAUAUUAUUGUAAAUAUUGCGUGAAGAGUUUUAGAACCAUGGACGCAUUGCAAAAACAUGAGAAAAGGAAAUCGCAUUUUGAAAAAGCCAAGAUAAUACUCCCCGAGAGCAAGUACGAAAAAGUUUACGAAGAUAAAUUAAUAUGCGAAAGCUGUGGAAAACAAUACAAAACUCAACGUGAAUUGACGUGGCACUUGAGAGUUCACAAGAGCAUUUACGAAUGUGACGAAUGCAAGAAAACAUUUACGUUGAAAGUUAAUUUGACCAAACACAUACGAUUGCACAGGAAUAAAGUUUGCGUCGUUUGCGAAUUGUGCGGCAAUACUUUCAAUCAAUUAUCAGCAUUGAACGAACACAUAUUAAUGAAACAUUCGGAUGUGCGAAAUGCCGAGUGUCAAGUGUGCAAAAAAAAAUUCAAGAGAAAAAGCGAAUUGAACAGGCACAUGAGAAUACACGAGCAAAAAAGGCCGUUCGUGUGUUUUUGCGGCACGGCUUUCAAACAAUCGAGUCACUUGCAAACCCAUUACAAAACGUUUCACGAGAAAAACAAUCAUCAUCAAAACAAUUUGAUGCAACCUGAAAAUUUUCCCCAACAUCCGGGAAACGGAGGAGUUUACGACGGAACGAUAAACGAUCGUUCGAAAUCGCAAAUGUACGUCAGCAACGGCGACGAACAAGGCGGAGGAGAAUUAUUAUCCCUCGAAAACCUCGAAACGGAUUUCAGGAAUGCGAAUACGUUCGACGAAAUACAAGUGAACGGAAAUCUCGAAACGAACGCAUACGGAUUAAGGUACCCGCACGAGGGAGACAUGGAUCCGAUAAACGUGACUUACGAAGAACUCAAUUUCGAUUCGGGUCAAUCGGAUAAAAGGGAAUUAGUUUUCACAACGUCUCCUGCCAUAGAUUUGAGCAUGGUCACAAUAUCGGAAGUUGUAGAAAAUGGAAUGACACUCGAAGAGGAAAGGGAAAUCGUGGAAUCAGUGGAAUCAUUCAACAAACUUCCGGACGAUGCAUCCAAUUUACAAUUGGUUAAUUUAAGCGAUCACAUUGUUCAAGAAUAUUUAUUAAACCUUCCGUGA